UCUUUCACAAUUACAAAAUUAGAUAUGCCUGUCAUUUUUAUUUAAAUUAAAAUUUAAGAAUAUUUUAAAAAAGAGGAGGGGACUAUCGGAGGGCAAAAUUGGUAUUUUAUUUUCGGCUAAUGCUAUAUUAACUGAUCCCGUCUGCUCUGAGCUCAGACGACCCGGCAUCCAAUCGCACAACCCUCUUCGGUGCGCCAAUGCCCCCGGCGGCGAGGCUCCUGCAGACGGACUCCGGCAUGCUACCGGUGUCCCAGCCUUCGGAGCCGCUAUCCGUAGACUCUGAUGCGGUGGUGAUCCUCGCGGCGCUGCUCUGCGCCUUGAUUUGCGUCGUCGGGCUCGCGCUCGUGGCCCGCUGUGCCUGGCUCCGCCAGGGGGCCUCAGCUUCCCCGCUGUGCAAGGGGCUCACAGAGAAGGCGCUCAGGGAUCUUCCCAAGGUCUCCUACGGCGCCGCCGCCGACGCGAGGCUGGCCGAGUGCCCGAUCUGCCUCUUGGAGUUCGAGGGCGGCGACGAGAUCCGCAUCUUGCCGCAGUGCGGACACGGAUUCCACGUCGCGUGCAUCGACACCUGGCUCGUGUCCCGCUCCAACUGCCCCUCCUGCCGCCGGGUUCUCGUCGUCGCCGCCGCUCCCGCCGCCCAACCGUCAAGGGCUUGCGGAGCUAGUUCUGAGGGCUCAUGCGCUACCACCUCCACCGCCUCUGCGGCGGAGGAAGUGGCCCAGGCUAGAGAGGAUCGCGACUCCAGAAUGUUCCUCCCCUAAAGUAUUCUUCUUUAACUCUUUCAUUAGAAAAAGUAAAUUGUAAAUUGUAUCUCUCUGGUUAGGGUUUGUUCUUGUGACCAGGCCAUUUAUUUGUAAAUUGAUGUCUUUAUAUAAUAAAGUACACUAGAAAUCAAACAAAAGAAAUUAACUUGCAGCAUCCGGAAUAUGUAUCCACCAUUAGAUGUUGAAUAAACGUUUAAAAAUGUAAUUUUUCAUCCGUUCAAGAAACCUAAAGCCAUCAUUUUCUAGUCCUUUAUUAACAUCUUUAAGUUUGAUUGUGAAACACAACUCUUCCUCCACCACUGGGCUAAUAUUUUACUCCACCAAGGGGGCCUUAGAUGGUGGAUUUUUAAAGAAGUGAGAAUAGAUACACUGAAAAAGAAAUUUGAAUCUUCCCCAAGAAACUAAACAGAUGGAAGUGUGUGAUUAUUUAGUUUGAAUUUUUGUUGUUCCACUGACUAAUGUUGACUUGGGAGGAUCAAAAUGAGGAGUGGGAGUGAGAAGUUAAGACUUUCUUCUUGUAGAUUGGUGUCUGAGGGUUGUGUAAUAUUGUAGACAACAAACUUAUGUAAGUUGAAGCAUCUGGAAUAUAUAUUAACUUCUGGUCCUCCAUUAAAAGCUUUAAAAGAUAUUGUUUUUUAUCAGUUCAAGAAACCUAAAGCUAGCAUUUUCUAGUCCUUUGUUAACUUCUUUAUGUUUGAUUGAGAAAGACUACUCUUCCUCCACCAGUCGACUAUAUUUUCCUCCACUAAGGGUCUUGGCAGGCGAAUUUUUAAAGAGGUAAGAACAGAAUGCAGUGAAGAAAAAUUGGAGUUUUCUCCAAGAAGCUGAAAACUGAUGUAAGUGUGUGAUUAUUUUACUUUAAAUUCUUCUUGUCCCACUGACUGAUGUCUACUUGGAAGGAUCAAAAUGAGAAGUGGGGGCAAAAAAUAAAGAGCAAGAAGCUUCCCUGUAAGUUUGAUAAGUUUGGUGGGACUAGUUUGGGAAGUGGUGGCAAUCCACUCUUAGACAUAAGAAAUUUUUAAAGAAUGCACUGUUGUUGGUUGAAGUGUGUAGGGUAACUGGAAGUUGUAACUUUUCCUCACAUGUCAUCUCUUUUAGUUGUUUGUUUCCGAGAUCUUGAUCACUGAAACAAAGUUCUUGUAUUUCCAUUCAUGUACAAUACUGAAAAAUUGUACUGGCAAGCGAAAG